GUACGGCCCAGACUGUUCGACAGAAUGUGGUAAAUGUCUGAACAAAGCUGCCUGUAAUAAAACUUCCGGUGUGUGUCCAGAUGGAUGUGCUGCAGGAUAUAAAGGUUCUCUCUGCAAAGACGAAUGUGAAAACGGAUUACAUGGUCUUAGAUGUCAGAACAUGUGUGGUUAUUGUCAAAAUAAGGUGCCCUGUAACAAGGUUUCCGGCGUCUGCCCAGCGGAAUGUGAGCCCGGAUAUAAAAGGACAAUGUGCACAGACGCCUGCGACAACGGAUGGUACGGCCAGGGCUGCAUUACCCAAUGUGGUCAAUGUCUGAACAACGCUACCUGUAAUAAGACUUCCGGUAUGUGUCCUAAUGGAUGUGCUGCAGGAUACAAAGGUUCCCUCUGCAUUGAUGUGAUUCAGUCUGAGCUCAUGGGACCAGCUGUUGGUGGUUCGGUUGGGGCUUUUGUUGUCAUCGCAAUCGUAAUUGUAUCAAUACUCGCAAUUAGAAGAAGGCGUUCAACACCAACAAAAAGACACCUGUUCGACGACAUUCCUGUUGCAUUUCAGAAUGUCACAGAUUCUAAUAUCGACCAAACGCCGACAACGUCAAAGACGAAACUUCAGAAAGGCCAACAUGGAAACAUUUCAAACGCAGUGUAUGCAAACACAGGGUCUCCAGAAGAAGACGGCCUUUACUACAACAGCGAACCACUACAUAGAGAACGUAAGCGUACUGAAAUACGUCUAAUUGCUGUCGAUAAACUGCGAGAGUUCGUACGAGACAACUACUUGAACAAAACAAUCUUCCAGCAAGAAUUCGAUAAAAUACCAUAUGGUCUUCAACAUCCGACGAUUGUAGCAUCUGCAGCAACAGGCAAAAAUAGAUACAAGGAGAUGUAUGCAUACGACCAUUCUCGAGUGAUUCUCAAAAGAAUCGCCGAUGAACCACAUUCCGACUACAUCAACGCCUGCCAUGUCGAUGGCUACAUGGAAGAAAAAAAGUAUAUUGCGUCUCAAGGUCCGGUCAAUCCAAUGGUAGGCGACUUUUGGAGAAUGAUGUGGGAACAAGAUGUCUGUAUUAUUGUUAUGGCUACGAAACUGGUUGAAGAAGGAAAGAUGAAAUGUUUGAAAUACUGGGGCAAAAACAAACCGAUAAUACACGGCAACUUUGCGGUCACACUUUCAGAAGAAAAAUGCUCUUCCGAUUAUACAAUUCGAACGAUUACUGUGCAUGAAAAGGUUAAACCACAUGUUUCUCGCAACGUGACCCAGUUUCACUACACUGCUUGGCCCGAUAAAAGCGUGCCAACCAGCAGCACAAGCCUCGUUCAAUUCUGGAGAAAGAUAAGGUGUCACAAGAGAGAGCCCAAACAACCAUGGCUGAUACAUUGCAGCGCUGGUGUUGGGCGCACCGGGACCUUCAUUGCAAUGGACUAUCUCUACGAUCAGGGAAAGGAAACCGGAAACAUUGAUAUCCCACAGUGUGUGACCAACCUGCGCGCUCAAAGGGUCAACAUGGUGCAGACUGCCAGUCAGUACCGAUAUCUUUACAAGCUGAUUCUGGAAAUGUUGGUACUUCCUUCCGAACCCGUGACAACCGAGCAGAUAAGUGGAGAGAAUAUCGGGCUUAAAGAACAGUUUUUAGAUUUAAGCACCGAUGAGUCACUGUUUCCAGACGAUAACACGUACACAUCUGCAACGACCAAUGAGAAUCAGUCAAAAAAUAGAUCAAUGGACAUCUUGGCUGCUGAUAAUUAUCGCCCGUAUUUGUCAUCCCACAUUCCAAACACGACCGAUUACAUCAAUGCUGUGAUAAUGCCAAGUUUCAAGCUGCCGACAAGAUUCAUCAUCACACAAGCUCCUCUAGAACACAGUUUUGUGGACUUCUGUAGACUGAUAUGUGAAAAGGAAAUUGAACUGAUUAUUUCUUUUGAUGAGUCCAUGUCUGAGGAAGAAAAAUGUCUUCCAGGCGAAAACGAAACAAAGUCGAUUUCUGGUAUAAGAUUGACUGGUGUAUCCUGUGAAUCGAAAGACGGACCAGAGUUUUAUACAAGAUCGUUUGACCUAAAUCUGAAACAAAAGACACACAGAUUUUCACAGAUAGUGUACACAGGCUGGUCGCAAACGAUGAAACUGCCCCAGAGUCCUCGAUCAUUUAUGGAUCUGUUGCGCCACGUACGAAAUGUUAGAAGAAGUGAAGCACCCAUCCUAGUUCAAUGCCUAAAUGGCGCCGACAAAAGUGGUCUGUUCGUAGUCAUAUGGACGCUUCUGGAACACGUGGAGAUUGAUGGUGAGGUCAGCAUACCACGUGUCGUCAGGCACCUGAGGCUGAGGCGAAAACAGAUUAUACCAACCUUCGACCAGUUCAAGUUUUGUGCAGACUGCAUUGCGCUGGAUGAUGCAAACACAUACGCAAAUGUUCAAAAAGUGUCGUCAUAGAUAUUACAUGAAAAUGAAAGCAUGUUUUGGAUGUUUCUAUACUGGACACAGCUGAUAUGUUAUUUGUGCGUUCGCAAAUAUAUUGCACGCAAAUAAAUAAAUACCGUAGGUAUCGGAACAGAUGCUUAAUUGUUAUACGAUUUAGCUUUAUUUUUGUAAUUUUGUAAUAUAUUUGUCUUACAUUUGUUUGCUUCGUUAUAUUUGUUAAUUUGUAACCAUAAAGUGUACAGCAUUUUUGUAUUUUUUUUAAUGCUUUAAGGUAUUUUUUCUAUUUUUAUAUAUUUACUUUUCCAUUCAUUUUAUUAUUUAAUAAAGCUUACGUAUCAAAUAAAACAUUUGUUUGCAUUUGUUAUCAAUAUGUCAGCAUUCAAAAUGCAGAUAAAAUGAAAGGACCAGUAUUGCAAACAAAACUAAGCGAACGAAUGGUGCACGAUGUUUACUUGUGUUGGGCAUAUUCAAAAAUAUAUAAUCUGUUGCGUGUUACAUGAUCUGCUUGGUUUGUUCAUUUGACGAAAUCUCUUGAUGAUUAAAAUGGUGUUAAUAUCAAACGGUUUUAUGCAUGUUUAGAUCUUUGUCUUUUACAAGUAAGUUGCCAUGACAAUACUGUUGGUUGACAUGUAAUGCUGAUUUAUGCCUGCGACUAAUAAUCCUAACAAUACAUAGGCCUUGCAUAACUAUGAUAGAAACAAUGUUCUCGAGUUGGUAAGCUCUCUUAUUGAGUUACGAACUUACUAGCGGCAUUAACAAUGUGCAAUAAUAAUCAUCUUCGUUUAGUUUGUAAAAAUGCAAGAGUAACACAUGAAAUAAGCGAUAUCGGAAGAAAUUACUAAAUACAAUUAUUAUUAUUAUUACAUCAAACAUUCAGUAAUGAUUACUUCGUUUAGUUUGGAACUGUUAGACUGUUUUUACGUUAAAGACUAAAGAUUUAAAGUAUUGAGUAUUUGACCCUAUUGAUUAUUUGAGAGUUGGUUACAAAGUUAUGCAUCAUUUCUGUUAUAACAAUAUAUGUAUUUUAUAUAAAGUUACCUCACAAUAUUAGAAGGAUAUAACGAUUUUAAACGGUUCACCAUAGAAAUCAUCAUACAUACUUGUAGGUCGUUUAUCGAAAGUCACAACUAUUGGUUUACUUAUUUUGAGUGUAAAUUUGUAAGUAUUACACUAUUUUUCCAUGGCAUUUAAUAUAAUUAGACUUAUGUGGAAGAACUUCAAAUAUGACGUGAUAAUCGGCGUAAGAUAACAGCAUUGUUAUAUCCGUAAUCGCUUUAUGAAUACAGUGCUUUACGUGUGGAAACAAACUUAGAUCGUAUUUGGUAGGAAAUUAACUUUUGCCUCCGAAGUGAUCGACAUAGUCAUAGAAUUAAGCAUAAUCAAUUCAAUGUAAAUGUAAGUUAUUAUCAAAGUUGUAAACCAUUUUUUGUUUGUAAAAAAUUGAAUGAAAAACAUAAAUGGUCAUUAUCGGUUUGUGGUGUAUUGAAAUUAAGUUCACGUAAUUCAUUUUAUAUAUUAUGUUAAAAAUCACGUUCUUUAAGGUCAUUAAAAUGAUUGAGCAAUCAUACAUUUUUACUGAUCUGUAUUUUAAUAGGUUUAUUUAAUUUUUAAGUGUUUUCCAACAGGUUUUUGAAUGCUUUCCGGAAAUCGUACAUAGGCGUGUGCUUCCAAUAAUCGUAUUGCUCAUCUACGAAUAGCAUUGUAUGUUUUUCCAUAAUGUAUUCGUGUUUGCCUGUUUGUGUUGGGUGUAUUCUUGUAAAAUUGAUUUAGGUGCGUUAAGGAAAUUACACUUUGCUGUUUUGCAAGUUAUGUCAGAAAUGUCUUGAACUUGUUGAUGCUUUUGUGUAUUGUUAAUUAAUUGUAAUACUUUGCCAAAAUACAUCACCACUAUUUUCAUAUUGAUAUUGCGUGAAAAUGUCAAUUAGAUUUUUAAAUACUUGUAUAUUUUCAUCUAUUAACACAUACAUUUGCUUUGUUUUAUC